AUGGUCAGUAGACAAUAUAAAAAACUACUUUUACAACAAAGUACUGAGAGUUUCGAUAAUGCAGAAUCUAUCUCAUUUGAGGACUCAGGUAUUUCUGAUGAAUCUAAUGAAGAUUUUGUCAUUAAGAACAAGUUCUCUGCUUUAUAUACCAAUUCAGAUACCGAAGUACCGGAUGUGGAUAACCAGUCAUCCACUUAUAAUGAUAAUACAAUAAACACUCUUAGUUUACCUGUAUUAGGGCAUAGAAAACACCCUGGGAAGAGAUUUGAAAGGGAUAAGUAUGAGGAGUUACAAGCAGAUGACUUGGAAUAUCUUGAGCAUUUAACUGAACAGUAUAACUUUGAGACAUUAAACACGAAUAAAACAGAACUUUCUCCAUACUUAAAACACUGCUUGACCAUGAAUAAACAAUGGUUUAAUUGUGAAAAUGAAAUUAGAACUUUAUUUGGAGCAAAGGUAGUUACUGGGAGUAAUAAACCACAUCUGCAUAAUCGCAAAAAAAUUUCAAGAAGCAGACAUUUAAAUAUUAGACAUUAUUUUACCAAGGGAGAAGAUGACUGGCCUCACUUAAGUAGAGAAGUUUGUGGAAUCAAGAUGCAAUAUAAUGAAGAGAUUGAUCAAUUUUAUUAUACUUUUGAUCUUGAUUAUAUUAAAAAAAAAGAUGUAUUUGAUGCUUUGGUAGAUACUCAUCAAGUUAGUCACAUUUAUACAUUUAUGGCUAAAAAUCCCUUUUUCUUUAAAGGUUUGAUAAGAUUAGCAGAAAUUCAUAUCCUUAGAGAAGAACCUGAAUUAGCUUUUAAGUGCCUUCAAAAAUCACUUUAUGUAUUUGAAUCAUCUCUACAUCCCUUAUUUUCACCAUUUACUAUUUAUAAUAAUAAGCCUAGAGUAUCUUUAAAUUCUAGUGAAGCUGAAAGCAAAGAUAUUUACUUGCUUCUUGGUUCUUAUAUGAUUGCUCUUGGUUCAAGGGGACUAUUUAGAACAGCUUUAGAAUAUGCAAUUCUUUUACUAUCUAUGGAUAUUUCUCAUGAUAGAUUCCAUACUCUUCUUCAUAUAGACUACUAUGCUUUGUGUUCUUCAAGUUAUGACUUUUUAUUUGGAAUUAAUGAAAAUUUUUUGAAAGAAUAUCAUUUAGAAAUUUCAUGGAAAAACUGCUCAACUUCAAAUAGAAGGCAAGAAUUUUUAAUACCACAAACAAAUGAUGAUUUGAUUGUUCCAAUCAGUGACAUUCUACCAAACUUUGCAUUUAGUAUCCCCCUAGCCUUAUAUCGUAACUACACAAAAAAAUUUUCUGAGCAUAAAGGACUUGAUACGAGUAUAAUAUUUAAAGAACUUUCUGAUAUCAAAAUUGAAGAAAUUUUAAAUAACAAUUACUUGUUAAAUAAUAAAAAAAGUUGUCACAUUUAUCUCAUGAAGGCUAUUCUUGUUUUCCCAGAAUUUAUCCGAUUUUUGCUCGAUAAAAUUGCUAUUAACCAAAGUGGUAGAAAUACUCCCAACCCAAAUGGGUAUAGCUGGAAUGACAUAUUAAAGAAUCCAAUUAUCAUUGAUUUUAUACCUACAAAUUUGCCGGAUAGUAAUGAUAUGCCUAUAAACCAACCACAUAAUGAGGAUUAUAGGUACCCAUAUAUAUUGAUGGGUAAGGUAUUAGUUGAAGCAUACGUUGAAAAAUGCCACGAAUUAUGGAAGCCUGCUCAAACUAUGUUAUGGUUACAUAAUUGCUGUAGUUAUUUAUGUAAAAUAUAUUUAGAAUCUUCACAUGAGACAAAAAUUAGAUUUGGUGAAUUUAUUUCAGAACAGCGUAGUAUAUUGUUGAAGACACAUUUCAAUGUAUUCAGGUAUACAGAUAUUUCGAUAACUGAAUUUUCCAAAUCUGGAGCUUCACCCCCUCAAUUUUUACGAGAAAAUAGUUAUAGUGGAGCAUCAAAUAUAAGAAACAGUCCUAACAAUUCCUUAUUCUCUGUUUGCUUAAAAUCAGAUCCAAUUAUUGUAUAUUUUCAAACUCUUCUUCCAUGGAGUGAAGUUGAUUUAACUGGUACAAAUGCAACUCCGAUUCACUUGAGAAGUCUUAUAUAUGACUGCUUUACUGCAUUUAAAAGCUAUAUUUUAUCUUAUUUUCAUAGAAGAAGUAUUAGCUAG